AUGUCUGCUAAACACUUGACAGAUAUUUAUAGUAUUGGCAACGCAUUUACGAAGAUCGGAUCAAAUUUUUUACAAAUCCAAACAAAAAACGCUCAAUGGUUUUAUAAAACCUCAAAUUGGCGAUUAUCGCUUACUUAUCAGCAAUCGCAUCCGUCCCCGUCCUCCUCUCCACCUCAAAACAUUCCACGUGAAUUAGAAAAAGUUACGAAUCCAUUAGAUGAAUCAUUAAAUGUAAAACCGAAUUCCGAAAUUAUAAUUAAUAAGUCAUACAUACAUCAAGAACCUAUUAAUGAAACACGAGAAAAUAAUCAACAGAAUGUACUUCAAAUGUCAAAAAUACCCACUUCAAGGAUUGUGAGUUUAGGAUUGGCCGUUGGAUUAGGAGUGGGAGCCAUGGGUGAAGUUAUUCGUAGAGCUACGGGUACUUCCAGCAUACAAGGUGGUUCCGUAUUGAUAAGUGAAGCAAAUAUAAAUCGUCUGGUUAAUAAAUUAUCUCGAAUGCGUGGAGCCGCUUUAAAAUUGGGACAAAUGAUCAAUAAUGACAUUCUACCCACACAAUUGGAAAAGGUAUUAAUGCGUGUUCAAAAUAGUGCUAAUUAUAUGCCAUACUGGCAAAUGGAGAAAGUAAUGAUAAAUGAACUUGGGACUGAUUGGCGUGAUAAUUUCAAAAAUUUUGAGCCAUUUCCAAUAGCAGCGGCAUCAAUAGGUCAGGUUCAUAGCGCACGAAUAUCGAAGCCUCCUUACAUGCCAGUAGCAAUUAAAGUUCAAUAUCCAGGAAUCGCAGCUUCAAUUGAUUCAGACAUGAAUAAUCUUAGAACUUUAGUAAUCGUGAGCAAUUUAUUACCUAAAGGACUUUACCUUGAUAAUACAAUUAAAGUUGCAAGAAGAGAAUUAGCAUGGGAGACCGAUUAUGUUAGAGAGGCUGAAUGUAUGGAGAAAUUUGAAAGCUUAUUAAAAGAUGAUAAAGAUUUUGUUGUACCUAAAGUGGUUAAGGAAUUUACUACAAGGAUGGUUUUGACUAGCGAAAAAAUGAUGGGUGAACCUUUAACUAAUGCUGUCAAUUAUAGCCAAGAGCUUAGAGACCAAAUCAGUGAAAAAGUUUUAAGACUUUGUUUGAGAGAAUUAUUUGAAUUUAAAUAUAUGCAAACUGAUCCAAACUGGACCAAUUUCUUUUAUAAUGUUAAAACAAGAAAAAUUGAAUUAGUAGAUUUUGGAGCCAGCAGGGAAUUUGAUUCCAAGUUUGUAGAUUCAUAUUUACAAAUUCUAAAAUCAGCAACAAAAAGAGAUAGGGAAGGGUGUAUACAUUAUUCAGAACAAUUAGGCUUUUUAACAGGAUAUGAAACGGAGGUUAUGAGAAAUGCACAUGUUGAUUCAAUAUUAACAUUAGGGGAACCAUUUUCAACAAACAUUUAUGACUUUUCUAAACAAACAGUAACUAGAAGGGUAAAAGAUUUAAUACCUACCAUGUUAAAAUAUAGAUUAACUCCACCUCCUGAUGCAACUUAUAGUUUGCAUAGAAAAUUAUCCGGCGUUUUUUUACUUUGUGCUAAAUUAGGUGCCAAAGUUAAAUGUAGGAAUAUUUUUGAAGAUGUUGUUGGCGAGAUUUGA